AUGGAGCACGACGACUUCGGCUGGCACUCGUUCGCAGAGGUCGAGACACAGGAGACGCUCGUCAGCCAGCCGGUUGAUUUUGAUUUCACCGAAUGGCUCAACGAGUACGCAGUUCCUGCCUCGUCGCAACCUAUCCGGGGGCACGACAUCACGUUAUCUCAGACUUUGGAUUUCUCUGGCGAACCGGAUCUGGUCUCGACAGGAUGCGAUUUUGUGUCGACAUCGCGCGAGCCAUGCACGGUCCUGCCGUCUGCCGUAUGCGCCGCCUUUCCUCCCCAACAAGACUGGGAGUCCGGUCCCGAGCUGAGCGCCUACGGGUCGGGCCUGAGCUCACCCUGGGACGAAUCAGGAGCCUCGUCUGUCGGACCAGAAGGCCUCGACGCAUGGUGGACCGGGGGACAGCACGACGAGCUGGUGGCGACUAUAUCACCAUUGAGGCUUCACAGACCUCUGCCUGUCGCAUGCUCUCCAUCGCCAACGCCGGCCGCCGAAAGUGUCAUGCCGACAGCACCAGAGUCCGGGAUCGCAGAGAGCGUCGCAAAAUCAACGGCAGCACAAAGGUUCCCUUGCCCUGAACCCGGAUGCGGAUGCACAUACGCGAGGAAGGAGUAUCUCAAGAGGCACACGCAGUCGUGA